AUGAGGCCUAAGGAGGAGGUGGAUACUAAACUGCAGACGGGGGCAUUUAUUCUGUCCGAGAAAAUCGACGACACGAAGUCGAAGAAAAGCGAGAAAGAAAUGAAGAAGGAGAUGAAGAAAUUGGAGAAGGAGAAACAGGAGCGCGAGAAGAGAGAGAAGAAAGCGAGAGAAAAGGAAAGAGAGCGCGAAAAGCAAGCUAAGAAAGGGAAGGUGGCGUGCGGCGCUUGCGGCGGCAAAUGCAGCGGCGAAGUGCUGCGCGUCUCCGACAAGUAUUUCCACAUGGCCUGCUUCACGUGCCGAACCUGUUCAGCAUCGCUAGCUCGCGGGGGUUUCUUCUGCAAGGAUGGAUAUUAUUACUGCCCACAGGAUUACCAGCGCGCGUUCGGCACACGCUGUGCGGCCUGCAAUCAGUAUGUGGAGGGUGAGGUUGUAUCAGCUCUCGGGAAUACCUAUCAUCAGAAGUGUUUUACAUGUGCGAGAUGCAAACGCGCGUUCCCAUCUGGCGAAAAAGUGACGUAUACCGGCACAGAAGUGAUAUGCGCGUCAUGUACAGCGGCGCCGCAGAAGCACACAGCUCGGGCCGCGCGGUCACCCACAACGACUGCCUCGCCCGUGCAGACUCCAGCUUCGCCGGUUUCACCCACCUCUCCCACUACGCCCAGAGAUCACGACCAGGUCGACCAAAGACAGCCAGAUCCCAACGAAUGCGCCGGCUGUGGUCAAGAGUUGUCCGAAGGGCAGGCCCUGGUGGCAUUAGACAGACAAUGGCAUACGUGGUGUUUCGCAUGCGGAGAGUGCGGCACAGUGCUGCAAGGGGAGUACAUGGGACGGAAUGGGGUGCCCUAUUGCGAGAGGGACUACCAGAGGCUCUACGGCGUUCGGUGCGCUUACUGCCAGAGGUUUAUAUCCGGGAAAGUGUUACAGGCUGGCGAGAACCACCAUUUCCAUCCAACAUGCGCGCGUUGCAGCAAAUGCGGUGAUCCUUUCGGUGAUGGUGAAGAGAUGUUCCUGCAGGGCGCAGCUAUAUGGCACCCACGGUGUGGACCGGCUCCGCAUGCGCCCCUGACUCCUUUAGAUCCACUCGCCCUCGAUCGAGCAUCCUCUGAAUUACAGUUCUCGAUGCGGUCGCGCACGCCCAGCGUCAACGGAUCAUACUGCAGCCCCUACAGUAGUCUCAAUAGGAAGUACGGCAGCGGCUACCGCGCUGUCUCGCCAGGGCUGGCACUGCGCGAGUACCGCUCGUGUAGGUGUUCCUCAGAAACCUCGCCACACCGCAUCACAGCGUUUUCGUAUUUGACGGGAGAACCAGCAAGACUUCGACGACCAGUGACUGUCGCGGAUAGACCACCUGCUUCACCUCACUUCCAUAGACCGCCAUCUAGCGCCAGUACUCGUACCAGUUCCCGUCCGGGCAGCAAGGCCUCGUCCCGACCGGGCAUGCGAGUGCUCGUUGACUCGAUGCGCGCUGAAACACCUAGACCCAAAUCGCCGCAUAUGAACAAUGAGGAACCAAUAGAACUAUCGCAUUAUCCAUCGGCGUACAAACCUCCGCCGGGAACCAAACCUAAAAUAGAAAGAGAUGAUUUCCCUGCGCCGCCUUAUCCCUACACAGACCCUGAACGUCGUCGCCGCUGGUCGGACACGUAUAAGGGAGUGCCGGAGAGUGACGACGAGGCGGACGCGGGCAAAAUGAACGGAAACGGGGACGUGCACGAACACAAACUGCGUAAAGAAGAACAGGAACUGUCCAAGAUUGACUCAGGAAUCGCCCAGGUAUUCCUAAAAGAAGUGAAGGAGCGUGAGAAACUACAGCAAUGGAAAAAGCAAAACUUAGACCCUAGGAAUGCUAGCAGGACGCCGUCAGCGGCUCGCGAAGCAAUGUCCCGUCUACGCUACUCUUCCCCGGUGGGUGCUUCGCCCUCGCGCACACUCGACCGACCUAAGCACCACGACUGUGAAUUAGACCACCAUCACGUACCGUCAUAUAAUGUGGUCUCGUCUCUGCGAACCGCGCCGCGGCCCGGGUACGGUCUCUCCGCCAGGUCACACACCUUCUCUUCCAGCACCGCUGGUGACUUCACAUUCAGUGGUUUAGGCGACAAGACACACAGCACUGAUUUCAGCAGCGGCAAGUCAGAUAUUUCUGCCGGCUCCAUUACAGAUGUGGAUAGAAGUGCUGUGACAACCGAAGGCGGCGUACUAGUCCGUGGUGUGACAGGAGCAGGAAGCGUUGUGGGUGCGGCUGGUGUAAGAGGUGGGUCCGUCCGUCGGUCUCUUCCCAACAUGGCGACUUCGCAUCUAGUUCACGAACCAGCCAAGCUCUACCCGUACCAUCUGCUGCUCAUCACUAACUACCGUUUGCCGCCCGAUGUUGACAGACUGAAUUUAGAGCGCCAUCUAUCGGACGCGGAAUUCGAAGCGAUAUUACAGUUCUCUCGUGCAGAGUUCUACCGUCUACCGCAGUGGCGUCGAAACGAACUCAAGCGACGUGCACGUCUCUUCUAA